GGGCGCGGAGCGCAUGCUGUGGCCGAGCACAGAGAAACUGCGCGCUCUCAUACCGACACACCGUAUUCUCCCUUUUUCCUCCUCCUCCUCUCAGACACUUCCCAAACAAAGAGAAACACGCGAGGCGGAGGAACAGAGUGCAUCCGUCGGGAACCACCGAAUCCUCGUUGAUCAGAAAAACACACACCGAUACACUCUGACCCGAACCGGUUGGAACCGAGAGGAGAUUGAUUGAUCAUGUGUAGUAACGGAGCAAGUAACGGGACCAGCGAUAUGCUUCAGAUCCAGUUUGGUUUGAUCAACUGUGGGAAUAAAUACCUAACCGCUGAAACGUUCGGUUUUAAAAUCAACGCGUCGGCCACGAGCUUGAAGAAGAAGCAGAUUUGGACUCUGGAGCAGAGCGGGGAAGAGGCUGCCGGUAAUGUGUUCUGUCUCAAGUCGCAUCUGGGUCGGUACAUAGCGGUGGAUAAAGACGGGAACGUUACCGGGGAUAGUGAGAGUUCUGGACCCGAGACCCGGUUCAUCAUCACGGCUCACGACGAUGGGAGAUGGUCUCUGCAGUCAGAGGUCCAUGGCAGAUAUCUGGGAGGCACAGAGGACAGGAUCAGCUGCUUUGCCCAGACUGCAUCAGUGGCUGAAAAAUGGAGUGUCCACAUUGCCAUGCAUCCUCAGGUGAACAUCUUCAGUGUGACCAGGAAGCGUUAUGCCCACCUGUCCUCCAAGGUGGAUGAGGUCUCUAUAGACCGCGACGUCCCGUGGGGGGUGGACUCCCUGAUCACCCUGGUGUUCAGAGACCAACGCUACCACCUGCAGACGUCUGAUAACCGCUUCCUGAAGAACGACGGCAGCCUGGAGGCCGCGCCGGACAAGACCACCGGAUACACGCUGGAGUUCCGCUCCGGCAAGGUGGCGUUCAGGGAUUGUUCCGGGCGCUACCUGGCGCCGUCGGGCCCGAGCGGGACCAUGAAGAGCGGGAAGACUAGCCGCGUGGGGAAGGAUGAGAUGUUCGCUCUGGAGCAGAGUCACCCUCAGGUGGUUCUCACCGCCGGCAACGAGAGGAACGUCUCCACCAGGCAAGGAAUGGACCUGUCAGCCAAUCAGGACGAGGAGGGAGACCAGGAAGUGUUCCAGGUGGAGAUGAGUCGUGAGAACAGGAAGUGUGCUUUCCGGACCGCCGCCGGGAAGUACUGGACCCUCACCUCUUCUGGAGGACUACAGUGUACCGCCUCCACUAAGACUGCCAACUGUUACUUUGACAUGGAGUACUGUGGUAAGAAGCUGACUCUCCGUGCCGCCAACGGGAAAUACGUCGCAGCCAAGAAGAACGGCCAGCUAGCCGCUACCGUCGACGUUGCCGGUGCGUCGGAGGAGUUCCUGAUGAAGCUGAUUAACCGUCCAAUCAUCGUCCUCCGUGGGGAACACGGUUUCAUCGGGUGUCGUAAGGUCACAGGAACCCUGGACUCCAACCGUUCCUCGUACGACUACUUUACCCUGACCUUCAGAGAGGGGACGUACAGUUUACAGGACUCGACGGGGAAGUUCUGGAUGGUGGGCAGCGAGGCGUCAGUGGUGAGCAGCAGUGACGACCCCGUCGACUUCCUGUUAGAGUUCUGCGACUACAACAAGGUCGCUAUCCGCUCCGUCGCCGACGGGAAGUAUCUCCACGGCGACCACGCCGGCGUCUUGAAGGCCAACGCCGACGACCUGGAGACCGCCACGCUCUGGGAGUACUGACCCCUUCCCGAGACCCCGUUACUACGACAACGAAGCGGCAGCAUCCCUAACUCCUCCCUCUAUCCCUCCAUCCUUCUCUCAACUCUGUCCUAACCCCUCCCAGACCAGGGCUGUGUUCAGUGGGGUGAAAUGUUUCACGAUAUCGUAGAUGGGAGGGGGGGAAUGUAAAGACCUAGAGCUGACCCCAUUAUCUGUUUUCACUUGAUAAUGAAUCCCGUCUCAUCUACGUUUCUAUGUGACAUUCCACCGCUCUGAACAGGAGCGAGGGAGGAGGGAGAGAAAGAGCUGGGGAGGUUAUGUCCUAAUGUAAGGCUUUCACCUCUUUUCUCUCUGCCUUUCCCUCCUUUUCUCUCUCUGCCUUUCCCUCCUUUUCUCUCUCUGCCUUUCCCUCCUUUUCUCUCUCUGCCUUUCCCUCCUUUUCUCUCUCUGCCUUUCCCUCCCCCUUUUCUCUCUCGGCCUUCCCCCCCCUUUUCUCUCUCUGCCUUUCCCUCCUUUUCUCUCUCUGCCUUUCCCUCCUUUUCUCUCUCUGCCUUUCCCUCCUUUUCUCUCUCUGCCUUUCCCUCCUUUUCUCUCUCUGCCUUUCCCUCCUUUUCUCUCUCUGCCUUUCCCUCCUUUUCUCUCUCUGCCUUUCCCUCCUUUUCUCUCUCUGCCUUUCCCUCCUUUCUCUCUCUGCCUUUCCCCCUCCUUUUCUCUCUCUGCCUUUCCCCCUCCUUUUCUCUCUCGGCCUUUCCCCCUCCCUUUUCUCUCUCGGCCUUUCCCCCUCCCUUUUCUCUCUCGGCCUUUCCCCCUCCUUUUUCUCUCUCGGCCUUUCCCCCUCCUUUUUCUCUCUCGGCCUUACCCCCUCCUUUUUCUCUCUCGGCCUUUCCCCCUCCUUUUUCUCUCUCGGCCUUUCCCCCUCCUUUUUCUCUCUCGGCCUUUCCCCCCUCCUUUUCUCUCUCGGCCUUCCCCCCCCCUUUUCUCUCUCGGCCUUUUCCUCUCACAGUUCCAUUCUGCAGUACCCACCUGUAUUUGUUGCCAAAGUUAGUGGGGCUGUGCACUAUUUCCCCCCCCCCCGUCCAAUAGCAACGUGGCUCGAUGUGUCACUCAGUCCUAGAUGUAUGAUUGGCCCACUCUCAAACAGCUGACACCCCCCCCCCCCCCCCCCCACAGAGCAGAGCUUUGUUAAACCCCCCCCCUCAACUAAACACUUCAACUGAACUCUCUCUCUAUUUCUCUAUUUGUAUCCAGGUGUCUGUCCCUGUGAUCUCUGUAUUCAACAACACAUGGUGGUCAGUCAGUAUUUAUCAUGUAGGACCUGAUUUUUUUGGGCCAGGAUUCAAUCCCACAAUGCAAUGUUCACGGUAAACGCUGCAUAUGUCGGUUUAUUCUGAAAUGACCUUUUUUUUAUUUUCAAUGUCUAAAAGCGGUGAUGGUUUUGAAUCCUAAAUAGAACCAGGUUCUGUCUGGAACUAGAGGCUGGUCUCUGAGCGUUGGGUAAAAACUGGAAUGGAUUCUCACGCUGUUCUGGAAUGGGUUCAGUCCCUCAUCUCAUUAAUAUUGUAUCACAGGAAACGUUCCAAUGUAACCUAGAGGAAAUUAUGUCAUCCUCUAGCUGGGAGCUCAUUGGUGGAGAUUUUGAUCUCCCAGACAGGAAAUAACCUGUUUUUAUGUUGUUUUCAUGAAGGAAGUGUGUGUGUGUGUCCCUACAGCUGUCCAGAGCUCUGAUCUGGUGGGACGUUAACCUCUGACUGGAAGAAUUUCUCUAUAUUUUCUCUCUAAGGCACAGCGAUCAUCAUGGAGAAUGAUCUAUUGAUACAAACACCAUCUCUCACAUGACUUCCUGGUCUCUCACUCCUCCUCACAACUGGAAUCUGGUGCUUAAUCUCAUAACUCUCACGUAAAUGUGACCCACUGUGAUCUAGCCAGCGGUCAACGAUGUGGUGUAGUGGAUGGAUGGAUGGAAAGGUGUGUGUGACUGUUGGUUCACACAGGUGAGAGGUUAGACUGCCAUUGUAGUUCUGAUAAUGCCUGUGUCUGACUCAAGUGUUUCUGGGUAAUUUACUAAAAUGUAAAAAAUAUUCCAAACCUUUUUUUUACUUUGAGAAACUGGAACUUUCCUUUUUGUUUAAUUUUUUGGUGAUUAAUCUGUUGUGCCAUUGGUUCACCUGGAUGCCAACAACCAAUUAAAAAACGGGGAUUUUGAACACUA